UAAUAAAUUCACCUUUUUCAGUCUUCAAGGGUCCAACUAUGGUCUUAACUAAUAUUUACCUCUUCACAUACCUAAAUAAGCCUUUACUAUCCUGCUGUGCCAUGCUGGGAAAACAGAGGAUGAGAAGGAGUUUCUUCCAGAGGCCAUUAGGACUGUAAACUCUUGUGUCACCAGGGAUCAACGAAUGCAUUUCGUUGUCUCUGUACUGUACACUGACAAUGACAAUUAAAUUGAAUCUGAAUCUGAAUCUGAUCUGAAUCUAACUUUAGUCCCAAUUUACUGUUGUGUGGUGUCUUUUUAAAAUUGCUGUUUUGUUUUUUUUCUCCCACAAAUAUGCAAUGACUGAUUCUGUUCCAUUCUGUUUGUAGUUUGUUUUUGAACAAAGUCCGCGAGCAUUUGCCACUGGUCAUAUCUUUGCACAUCUCGUGUGUGUAUGUGCCGAAUAGACUUGACUUGACUUGACUUGACUUGACUUGACUUGAUGAGGUGUUUGCGCAGCCAGUGAUCAACAAGAACCAGUUUAGCAAGACUCCGGCCCGCAUUGAGGAAGCCUCACCCUGUUUCACAUUCUCCAUUUCUGGUUUCCAUUAGAUGAAAACUUGAGAGGAUUUCAACCUGUCUCUGUCUGUGUCCCUGUCCCUGUCCCUGUCCCUGCCCCUGCCCCUGCCCCUGCCUCUGCCCCUGUCUCUGUCUCUGUCUCUGUCCCUGUCUCCCCGGCGGCCGCUGUUCCCCUGCGGGAGUCCCGGACUCCAGGCUGAAGAAAGCGCUCUGUGUGACGCCGGUGACUUUACUCCGCGCUGUUGCUGGGCGCCGGUGACAGACUCGGCCCCCGGGGGUUUGAUGAUGGGUGAAACUGUUGAAAUUCCCGGGAGAAGAUUCGUCCCGGACCCGGCCCCAUUGACGGGAGACUCAAGGAGCAGAUUGUAAAGGGAGCCGGGAUCCCGGUGCGGAGCCUGGAGUCCUUUGGCCACCGGUUGCCCUUGGCCACCCCGCACAAGGUGUGACCUUUCACCCCGCACAAGGCACUGACCCCUCCACUGGGAUGGGAGUGGUUCACUGCGCUGUGUUGUUACUGAACUGGAUCCUCAGCUCAGCCCACGGUGAAUUUCUCGUUAUUGGACCGGGCGAUGGUUCUGUAGCCACUGUAGGUGGAGAUGCGGUGUUGGAAUGUCAGCUUGUACCAAAUAUAUUGACCAGCAACAUGGUCGUGCAGUGGAUGAAGACAGGUCUCAUCUCGCCAGUCCUUGUGUACAGACAUGGACACAAUGACACCCUCGCUCAACACCAGGAUUACAGAGCAAGGGCCGAACUGUUUAAAGAUGAAGUGACCAAAGGGAACAUUUCCCUCAGAAUAAAGAACGUAACAAGGUUUGAUGAAGGGGAAUAUACAUGUUCAGUUACAGAGGGAACCGAGUAUGAAGGUUCUCCAGCUCAACUACAAGUUCGAGCUUUGGGGAGUUUGAUCCGGAUUCGGUUGCAGGGAUACCAGGGAGAUGGAAUCCAGCUUGUGUGUAAGUCCAGUGGAUGGUAUCCUAGACCAGAGAUGCUGUGGAUCAGUGAGGAUGGAGAGGUUUUACCACAAGCUGAAACAAUGUACCAUGAAGAUACAGAAGGUCUUGUAAAUGUGGAGAGCAAAAUGAUAGUACUGAGGAAAUCAACAAACAAAAUCAAGUGUGUUGUUCAGUACAGAUGGUUAAACAUACAACGUGAGGCAAUUGUUAAAAUAUCAGAUGAUAUCUUUCCUGCUGGAGUUACUGACUGGGCCCUGCCGCUGGUCCUCACCAUUUGUCUUCUCAUUGCCGCCCACGGUGCUGUGUUUUAUUGGAACGUGAAACAAAACAGGCGCAUUAAAGAGCUGCAACGGCGCAAAUACAUCAUAGAAAAUGAGUGGAAGAGGAUACAUGGCUACCACGUCUCCGUCACCCUGGAUGUGGAAACAGCGAAUCCGUUGCUCGAGGUGUCUGAGGAUCGGAAGAGGGUGAGAUGGAGCGGGACCCGGAGGAGUCUCCCUGAAACCACAAAGAGGUUUAUAUACUGGUGGUGUGUGCUGGGAUCGAAGGGAUUCACAUCGGGGAGACAUUACUGGGAGGUGGAGGUGGCGAGGAGUCGGGGCUGGAAUCUGGGAGUCGCCACAGAGUCUGUGGAGAGGAAGAUAAAUGUCCCACUGACCCCGGAGACUGGAGUCUGGAGCAUCAGGCGGUUGGGUGACGGGUUUCAUGCAUUCACCUCCCCUCCAUCCCCUCUCCCCGCCCGUCCCAUCCCCGGGAGGGUGGGAGUUUAUCUCAGUUACGAGUCCGGGACAGUUUCAUUUUUCGACGCGGACACCAAGUCCCAUCUCCACACCUUCACUGGGAAUAAAUUCACGGAGAAACUUUAUCCUUUCUUCUGGCCUUGGAAUGAAGACGAGUGGCUGAGAAUCUGCCCCAGUUCUCUUCGGGGAUACGAGGAUGUGGAACAAGAUUGUGUCUCCGUCACCCUGGAUGUGGAAACAGCGCAUCCGGAGCUCGAGGUGUCUGAGGAUCGGAAGAGGGUGAGAUGGACCGGGACCGGGACCGUGAGCAGUCUCCCUGACACCGGGAAGAGGUUUACAGACUGUCCGUGUGUGCUGGGAUCGGAGGGAUUCACGUCGGGGAGACAUUACUGGGAGGUGGAGGUGGCGGGGAGUCGGUGGUGGAGUUUGGGAGUCGCCGCAGAGUCUGUGGAGAGGAAGCAACGGGUCUCACUGACCACGGAGACUGGAGUCUGGAGCAUCAAGAAGCGGCAGGAUGACGAGAUUGUUGCACUCACCUCCCCUCCAUCCCCUCUCCCCGCCCGUCCCUUCCCCGGGAGGGUGGGAGUUUAUCUCAGUUACGAGUCCGGGACAGUUUCAUUUUCCGACGCGGACACCAAGUCCCAUCUCCACACCUUCACUGGGAAUAAAUUCACGGAGAAACUUUAUCCUUUCUUCUGGCCUUGGGAUGAAAACCAGUGGAUGAGAAUCUGCUCCGGUUCCGCUCCGGGUGUGUAAAAGGGUCGGGUCCCGGGACCGGCAUCAGGAGCGGGGCUCAGGGGCUGUGGGGCAGAAACCCGGUGGACAACAGGUCGGCGCUGAACGAACGGCUCCCAUUUAAUCCCCAAAUUCCACGUCGUGAAACAAACCCCAGUGAGUGCGGAAAUAAAACCAGGGGGAAUGUAAAUGUGGCCUUGCCGAGGCAGCAUGAAGUGUAGAUGUGUACAAAAUCAUGAGAGGAAUAGAUCGGGUAGAUGCACAGAGUCUCUUGCCCAGAGUAGAGGAAUCGAGGACCAGAGGACAUGGGUUCAAGGUGAAGGGGAAAAGAUUUAAUAGGUAUCCGAGGGGUAACUUUUUCACACAGAGGGUGGUGGGUGUAUGGAACGAGCUGCCAGAGGAGGUAGUUGAGGCUGGGACUAUCCCAACGUUUAAGAAACAGUUGGACAGGUACAUGGAUAGGACAGGUUUGGAGGGAUAUGGACCAAGCGCAGGCAGGUGGGACUAGUGUAGCUGGGACAUUGUUGGCCGGUGUGGGCAAGUUGGGCCGAAGGGCCUGUUUCCACACUGUAUCACUCUAUGACUUUAAGAGUCAAUGGAAUGGAGGUUGGGUUGCGCAAUGGUCUGGGCUGUGUCCACAACUGUGCAAUUUCACGCUGUGGUCCAUCCUGAAUCUGAAGAAGGGUCUCGUCCCGAAACCUCACCCAUUCCUUCUCUCCAGAGAUGCUGCCUGUCCCACUGAGUUACUCCAGCAUUCUGUGUCCUUCUUCAAUGUAAACCUGCAUCUGCAGUUCCUUCCAACAGAUAAAAUACUU